CGCAGCCAAAGUAAAGCAAGCACUUGGUUGGAUAACAUGUUACAGAGGAGCUCUUUGAAGAACAUCAAAAGAAUAUUCCUUUGUUUCAAGAAUGAAUUACCAACUACUCUCAUUUGGCUUUUCCUUACAAGUUGCCCCAUGCUUUCAGAAUGAUCAAAGAAGUACUAUCUUUGAAUUGAAUAGAGAGGGAAAGAGGGGUAGAUGGUGAGGUGGCCCCUUUUAAUUAUAAUAGUAGGAGAAGAGAACAACCACAUGGGACUUCUAAUCAGGAUACUCUUCAUUUUUAGGGGUUGUAGGCCCAGUGAGGAAAGAGCAAGUACUAGAGUCCAUAGGAUCACGGUCCUGUACUUGUAAGCCAAAAAUCUGCUUACCUUGGUUGGAUAUUUUUACAAUAUACCAUCAAAAUACUCUCAUGGACCCAUGCAGUGAAGAAAUUCUAAAAUCGCAUGACCAAAUGAAGAUUGAAAUUGGAAUCCACUAGUCAGUCUCACUGGAAUAAUAUAGACGCAAGAAACAAUUUGCUCUUCCUUUUUUUGGAUUGUGGUAAAUGAAUUAGGGCAAAAUGGGGGCCAUGUUUGUCUCAAGGAAGGGUGGCAAGAGGGAUUAAAGACCCAAGUUUCCAAUGUCCUUACCACCAAAACUAAACCCAAGCCCACCACAAACCACCCGUGGCUUGUCCUUCCAUCCUCUAUGCUCUUUUAACUCUGUUACUCAUCACCUCACAUGCCUUUGUUUCUCUUCUCUCUCUCUCUCUCUCUCCCGCUGUCCGUCCAUAAAUACCCCCUCUGCCCAGUCAUUCCUCCAUCUCAACCUCUUCAUCAACUGCUCAUUCUUCUCUCUCUCUCUCCAAAGUUAAAAACAAACGGUUGCUAGUAGUUGAGGAAAUGGCAGUAAGGAAGUCCAACAAGUUAUCACAGGCUGCAGCAUUGAAGCAGAUACUAAAGAGAUGCUCAAGUCUGGGAAAGAAGCAAAGCUAUGGAGAGGAUGGCCUUCCACAAGACGUGCCCAAAGGUCACUUUGCAGUGUAUGUUGGUGAGAACCGAAGCCGCUUCAUUGUUCCUAUCUCCUACUUGGCUCACCCUCAGUUUCAGACACUCCUUCAGAUGGCUGAGGAGGAAUUUGGUUUCCACCAUGACAUGGGACUCACCCUCCCGUGUGAGGAGGUUGUGUUCCGGUCCCUCACCUCCACACUCAGGUGAAAUUAAAGUAAAAAGAUAAAGAAGAAGAAGAAGAGCACAUCAAUCUUAAAAACUUGAAAGCUCGCCUUUCUUUCUUCCUUCUAGUUUUGUUCCUCCUCUUCCUCUCGCUCUUGUUGUUCUUGUUGUAAAUUUUGGAGCGGCGUGCCAUGUCGUCGCCCUGCAAAAGAUCAUUUAUUAGUUAAUGAAGAAGUUCAUCAGGAGGCUUGUUAUUGUUCCCCGUUUACAUUCUUAAAACCAGUGUCACUGGUUUGUACAGCUGUAGGUGUUUUGUUAUAUGUUUAAAACAAGCAUGUCAAAUACGGCUAAGCAUAAGUGCUUCUCGAGAACAGCAAGCUGAAGAGCAUGAGAACUAGAAUUGUAUAAUUCUCAUGGCACUGUAACUUAGUACAUAA